AUGGGCGGAGGAGGAGGACAGAGGCGCUCGUGGCGGCGGGUUGAGGCCGCACUCAACCGCGCCUUCGCUGACAGUGCCGCCGGACGCUACUUCAAGAUCGAUGCUCGGGACACCUCCUUCACGAAGGAGCUCCGCGCCGGCGCCGCCACCUUCCUCACCAUGGUCUAUAUCAUCUCCGUCAACGCUGCCAUUCUUACCGAUUCCGGCGGCCCCUGCACCGUCGGCGAUUGCACGCCGCUGCCAUCCAGAAACUCUUCCGCCGCCGGCCCCGGCCCUGAGUGCAAGUUCGACGGCAACCCGGGGUACCAGCGCUGCCUGGAGCGAACCAAGAACGACCUCGUCGUGGCCACGGCCGCCGCGGCUGUCGUCGGCAGCUUCGCCAUGGGGGCGGUGGCGAACCUCCCCCUGGCGCUGGCGCCGGGCAUGGGCGCCAACGCCUACUUCGCCUACGACAUGGUGGGCUUCCACGGUUCUGGUGGAGUCCCUUACGAGACCGCCCUCGCCGCCGUUUUUCUCGAGGGCUGCAUCUUCCUCGCCCUCUCCCUGCUCGGCCUCCGCUCCCGCCUCGCCCGCCUGAUACCCCGCCCCAUCCGCCUUGCCUCCGCUGCUGGCAUCGGCCUCUUCCUCGCCUUCACCGGACUCCAGGCCCAGGUGGGCGUCGGCCUGGUGGGUCCCAGCCCCUCCACCCUCGUCACCCUGGCCGCCUGCUCCCGCACCGACCCCACCACCGGAGACUGCCUCGGCGGCACGCUGCAGAGCCCCACCUUCUGGCUCGGCGCCGCCGGUUUCCUCCUUUCCGCCAUGUGCCUCACUCGCAACGUCAAGGGCGGUACCAUCUCGGGCAUCGUCUUCGUCACCGUCGUCUCCUGGAUCCGCGGCACCGCCGUCACCGCCUUCCCCGACACCGAACAUGGGAACGCCAAUUUCGACUAUUUCAAGAAGAUCGUUGACUUCCAUGUCAUCCAGACCACCGCCGGGAGGAUCAGCUUCACCGGCUUCUCCCGGAAAGAGGUGUGGCUGGCUGUGGCGACGCUGCUCUACGUCGACGUCCUCGACACCACGGGGUCGAUGUGCUCGAUGGCGGAGUACGGCGGGUUCGCGGACGGCGAGGGCGGGUUCGAGGGCGAGUACCGGGCGUUCGCGGUGGACGCGAGCGCCACCAUCGUGGGCGCAGCGCUGGGGACCACCACCGUGACGACGUACAUCGAGUCCACGGCGGGGCUACGGGAGGGCGGCCGGACAGGGGUGACGGCCAUCGCGGUGGCGGUCCUCUUCGCCGGCUCUCUCUUCUUCUCGCCGCUACUCACGAACGUGCCGCCGUGGGCGGUGGGGCCGUCGCUGGUCCUGGUGGGGGCGAUGAUGAUGCGGGUGGCGAGGGAGGUGGAGUGGGCGGAGGCGAAGGAGGCGGUGCCGGCGUUCCUCACCAUGAUUCUGAUGCCGCUCACGUACUCGAUCGCGUACGGAAUCAUCGCCGGCGUCGGGACGCACAUAGUGCUGCACCUGUUCGACGGCGUUGCGGCGGUCCACGCAUGGGUCUCGAGCUUCCGGAAGAAGACGAACCACAAGGCCGACGGCGAUCAAAUCACGGCUACAGAACAGAACAUCGCACAAACUGUUUGAUUAAAUUUUUUCAUAAUUCUAAUUAUUUUAUUGACGACUACAACUCUCAGAUU